AUGUCCUCUUUCAUCCACAGGACAAUUCGCAAUUUUUUCCACUCACAUGAUAAGUUUUCGCGCGACUACGAGGAUCUGGAGUUACAACGUGAGGCGAUUUUCGAAACUCUCUGGGAGACGCAUAAAAGCGCACGGGACUUGGAAGGCUGGUCACUUGGACCAGACGAAUUAGAGGGGCUAUCGAUUGUUAUAAUACCUCUCGACCUCACUGCUAGCCGCGCGAUCGACGUAGCUCCAGACACAACCUCAGCGGCGUACUUCGUUCCCCUCAGGCAACAGUUUAUCGAACAGCAUGCGAUGGACGUUUCGGACGCAAGAACCCAGAAACGGCUGGAUAACUUGGAAAGGCAUCUAAUGCCCAGAUUCAGCAUGAGCCUCAUUGAGUACGAAUCUCUCGAUGCUUAUAGCAAAGCUGGAGAUCUUUGUAGUCGUCUGCAUAUGGAGAUGUCGACUAGAAGGCUCGCAAUGAAGGAUGGAUCGUCCAAUCUGAGCAUGAUCACAAGAUGGCGACGCAACAUCGACUUCUUUCCCGAUCCUGCCUUUACCACCAGAACUGUUAAAUCCCGAGACGGAUUCACAAGUAAUAUACAUCACUUUUACGGAUGCUCGAACGAGCCUACCUUCCCCCACAUCAAGUUGGUUCUACAGCAUAGUGAUAUCGUGGACCCGGAACAGCUGCUGAAAGCUGAAGUCCUAGCCAUAACGGCCACGAUGCAUUCCCGUCUGUGCGCGGAGACUCUCAGAACACUUGAUGGCUCCUUUGUCUCUUUCCUUGUGAUGGUUUUUACAUUCGCGGAACACAUCGGGCGCAUUUUGACUGCGAUUCACGACGGUGAGGCUUUGAGAAUCUCGAUGUCCGCAUUCUACAAUUUCCAGCGAGCAUCGAGGGAGACCUGGAAUUUGUUCGCUCGAUACUUGGGAGGGGACAUCAACCGUCACUUGUCGACCAAGAAGGUGCCGAUCCGGAAUGUCGCGUCAGAUGCGGAGUUAUCACCCACUGAGGCUGAAAUGACUCGUGUGAGAAGGUAUGCGAGGCAGAGGCGCAUGCGACCAGCAGUAUUGCCAAAGCUACAGUGA